ACCAAAAAAUCAUUUCACAGAUUUCCCCCAAAUAGAAGCUGAACAGGAGAGAGAAACACCACAGUCUCUCUAUAUAUUCCCUUCUCUCCGUAGCACGUACACCGGAGUCUUGAGUGGAGUCGCCAAAUUCACUGAGACCCCACAAAUCUCCCCUUAAACCCCAAACCCUGCAAAAGUCUCUCCCAAUUUUAAUCAGCAUGCCAGCUUCUUCCUCAGAUACAAGGACUAGGUGGAGGAAACGGAAAAGGGAGCACCCAAAAUCCAAGCUCAAGGAACCUGAUAAUGAUGACGUGCUUGAGGACAAUGAAUACGAUGACGACCACGACAUGGACCCACCUCAAAACCACCCAGAAACUGACGACAAUCCUCCCCAGCAGAAUGCAAAUCAUAUGGCCCAAAUAUCAAGAGAAAGAGAGAGUGAAAAAUUGGUGGAUGAUGGCGUGAAAAUUUGCGAAUUUCCAGUUGCAAUUAAGAGGGUGGUUAGUAGGCCUCACCCAUUGGUUUUGGGGAUUGUGGAAGCUGAGAGGGCAACACAUAAUGGAGUAAGCCGAAGCCAGGGGCAGGGAAUGGCAGCUUUCUUGGAGAACAUUUCGUAUGGCCAGCUGCAAGCUCUCUCUGCUGUGCCCCAGGAUAGUCCAGCUUUAUUAGGAGCUGCUGCAGAGGAGACAGCAAGUUGCAGCGGAGGAGGAUCGUAUGUUAUAGUGCCACCUGGAAUAGUUCCUGGCUCUGGUGUUACUAAAAGGUUUGGGAGCGCAGGCCGGGUCCACAUUUUGCCAGUGCAUGCAGACUGGUUUUCACCAAAUUCAGUUCAUAGAUUGGAGAGACAAGUGGUGCCACAUUUUUUCUCAGGGAAGUCAGCAGAUCAUACGCCUGAAAAGUACAUCGAGUGUCGAAAUUUUAUUGUUGCAAAGUACAUGGAGAACCCAGAAAAGCACCUGUCGGUUUCCGAUUGUGAGGGACUAGUAGCUGGUAUUGAUCAUGACGAUUUAACUAGAAUUGUACGGUUUCUUAAUCAUUGGGGAAUCAUCAACUAUUGCGCCACUCCUCUUAAUCAUGGACCCCAGAAAGAUGGAACAUAUUUAUGCGAGGAUUCAAAUGGUGAACUUUGUGUGCCUUCGGCUGCUUUGAAAUCAAUAGAUAGCUUAAUCCUGUUUGACAAGCCUAAAUGUAGGCUCAAGGCAACAGAGGUUUAUACCAAACUUGCUCGUCAGCAGGACGAGGACACUGACUUUGACAGCACCAUCCGAGAGAAAUUAUCUGAGCACCGAUGCAAUUAUUGUUCCCGGUCUAUCCCUACAGUGUAUUACCAGUCAGAGAAAGAGGUUGAUGCGAUGCUGUGUUUGGAUUGCUUCCACGAGGGAAGAUUUAUUGCUGGUCACUCUAGCCUGGAUUUUGUGAGGGUCAGUUCCAUAAAGGAUUAUGGAGAUGUGGAUGGAGAUGAUUGGAGUGAUCAGGAGACAUUGCUCCUGCUUGAGGGGAUGCAACUGUACAAUGAAAACUGGGAUAAAAUUUCCGUGCACGUAGGUACAAAGUCAAGAGCACAGUGCAUCCUUCAUUUUGUGCGCCUUCCGCUGGAUGGCGCUCCACUUGAGACUAUUGAUGUUCCAAGUAUAUCUGGUUCAUCAAGUUCAUGGAAUCAAGAUGAUCAUGGGAGAUCACAGCUGAAUUCAAAUGGAUGCAGUUUGCAAGAUAGUAAUUCUGCAAGCAAAUUUCCUUUUGCAAAUUCUGAAAAUCCAGUGAUGAACCUGGUUGCCUUUCUUGCCUCUGCACUGGGGCCAAGAGUGGCUGCUGCCUGUGCUCAUGCAUCUCUGGGAGCAUUAUGUAAGGAUGGUGGUAAGGAAGAGAGUCCUCGUGGAGAAACAAUGAAUUUUACUAAAAAAAAAGGUCCUUGGAGCCAACACGAUGCAGAAGCUGUUCAGUUAUCUGCUGAAAGUGUGAGAGCUGCUGCCGAAGCUGGUCUUGCAGCAGCGGCUACGAAGGCAAAGCUUUUUGCUGAUCAUGAAGAACGUGAAAUUCAGAGGUUAUCUGCCAAUAUUGUAAAUCAUCAGAUGAAGAGAUUGGAGCUGAAGCUGAAGCAGUUUGCGGAAGUGGAGACCUUACUAAUGAGAGAAUGUGAACAAAUGGAGAGGACAAGACAGAGGUUUGCUGCCGAGCGGGCCCUCAUGAUGUCGGCACAAUUUGGACCCGCUGGAACAUCUCGAUCCAUUGGCCCACAAACCGUCGCUAAUGCCGUUGUAAAUAAUGCCGCUGGAAACAAUGGGCAACAAGUUUCGGGAUCUCAACAGCCUUUCGUUUCCGGUUAUGGCAGUAAUCAACCCAUCCAUCCACAUAUAUCACUCAUUCAACAGCAUGGGAUGUAUGGACUCGGGCCACGGCUGCCCCUUUCAUCUUUACACCCUUCCUCUCCCUCUUCAGGAGCUAAUGCCGUGUUUAGUCCCCCGGCAAAUUCCCAGCCAUCUAUUGGUCAUCCAAUACGCAGAUCAUUAUCUGGGAGUAAAUCCAGUUUAGGUUAGUCGACGCAAGUGAUUCGGGUUUUAAACUUUCUUGGAUUGAUUACUCUUAUUGCUUUUCAUGUCUGCACUAGAAGAGAGCAAUUGGUGGAAUGAGACAGGUACGGACAUUGUAUAUUUGGUUAUAAUGGAAGCAGAGUCGAGUUACUUUGAAUGGUUGCUUAGUACAGGUUUUUUCUUCAUUAUUAAAGUCGAGUUAUUACACGCUUUUUUCAUCAUGAUCGAAUACUGAUCCAGUAUGUAGGAUUCUAGGGAAAUACUUUGGAGCUGUAGUUCUUUGCAGAGAAUGAAGAUUGAUGCAGGAAACUAGGACCAAGAAAGUUGUAUUUGAUGGAUUUCAUUGAUAUUCUUGAUUUUGAUUUCAGCUUACAACAAGGAAAAUUUUGCUUCA